GGAUCGAGCCUAAGUGUGUUUUUAUUUUGAAUGAUAAGGCGAUGUGCUUGUAGCAGCUAGCCGGGAUCAUCUCGACUGUUUUGUGAAAGCAUGAUAAUUGCCUGAAUAGCAGAACCACACUCAUGAUGAACUUUGACAGUCUGGACCCGGGACUGGGUGAGUACGCAGCCGCGCUGGACUCCACUCUGGACCCGGGACUGCUGCAGGCUGUGGAGAUGGACCCGGACGCUAUGGCAGUGCCCGUGGCCGAGGGCAUGUACUCCGAGCUGCAUAGCGUGGCGUCCGAGGUCGGAGUUCCAGUCACAGCGACUCACUUCGACCUGCACGAAGAGCUCCUGUGGAUCGGAAACCACCGGGGACACGCAAGCUCUUUUUUUGGGCCCACGAUGGGACGUUACUCCUCGUUCCAAGUGCACCUAGCUGAUGACAUUCGCCAUAUUCAGAGCAUGGAUACUGGCGUCCUGUUCCUGACCAAGAGUAACAUCAAGUGCCUUACACGCGGAGGCCUCAUCAUGUUCGACUACCCGAUGGAGGAGGGUGCUGACAUGCACAGUUUGCUGCUCACUGACAAUAACACGCUGCUGUUGGGAGGUUUGCAGAACUACGUGACUGAAGUGGAUCUGAACACUGUGCAGGAAACACAGAAAUUCACCGUGGAGAUCCCAGGUGUGGCCAUCAUGAGGCAGUCCAAUCGCUUCUUCUUUUGUGGACAUACGUCAGGAAAGGUGUCUCUGCGAGAUCUCCGCACCUUUAAAAUAGAGCAUGAGUUUGAUGCUUACUCCGGCAGCCUUUCUGAUUUCGAUGUGCACGGCAAUCUGCUGGCGGCGUGCGGCUUCUCGAGCCGUGGCCUCAACGGCCUGUCCUGCGAUCGCUUCCUGAUGGUGUACGACCUCCGCAUGAUGCGAGCCGUUACCCCUCUGCAGGUGCACGUGGAUCCGCUGUUCCUCCGCUUCAUCCCGACCUACACCUCACGGCUGGCUAUUAUCUCCCAGACAGGUCAGUGUCAGUUCUGUGAGCCCACAGGUCUGGCCAACCUGGCUGAUAUUUUUCACGUGAACACAGUAGGCCAGCUGCUAAUGAGCUUUGAAGUGUCGAGCAGUAAGCAGGCGCUGGCGUUCGGAGACUCGGGCGGUUGCGUGCAUCUGUGGUCCAGUGCCCCCGACGUCUCCUUUAACGACUACUCCAGAGAAACGGAGCUGGCUCUUCCUUGCAUUGUCGAUUCGCUGCCUCAUCUGGACUGGAACCACGAGCUGGUGCCACUUUCUCUGGUGCCCUUGCCACUGACCAGCACAGAGCCUUUGCUCUCAGACUGGCUCAGUAACCUCGUCACUCCCAGCCCAAGACGUGCGCCUCCAGUUGACCCAGAGAUUUUGAGGACGAUGAAGACUGUUGGGUUUAUUGGAUAUGCUCCCAACCCUCGCACACGACCCAGAAAUCAGGUUCCGUAUAAGAUAAAGGAGGUAGAGAUGGAGUAUGACAGCUAUAACCAGGUUCCAGAGUCUCCGAUCGGAAGAGACGAGGAGCCUCACUUAUACAUGGUGCCAAAGAAAUACAGAAAGGUCACCAUCAAAUACUCCAAACUGGGACUGGAGGACUUUGACUUUAAGCAUUACAACAGAACUCUGUUUGCUGGUUUGGAGCCUCAUAUACCCAACGCUUACUGUAACUGCAUGAUCCAGGUGCUGUAUUUACUGGAGCCAAUUCGAUGCCUGGUGCAGAAUCACUUGUGUCAGAAGGAGUUCUGCUUGGCCUGUGAGCUCGGCUUCCUCUUUCAUAUGCUAGAUCUGAGCAGAGGAGAUCCCUGCCAGGCCAGUAAUUUCCUGCGGGCCUUCCGGACAAUUCCUGAAGCGUCAGCUCUUGGCUUGAUCCUGGCUGAUUCAGAUGAGCAGACAGGGAAGGCCAGGCUGGGUCACUUAAUCCAGAGCUGGAACUGCUUCAUCCUCACACAGCUGCACCAGGAAACACAGGAGCAGGAAGGACCUCAGGCUUACAGAGGGACCAGUAGUACGCUGGGUUCUUCAGGGGAGUCUGUGAUUGGCAGGCUGUUUGGCUGCGAGGUGGAGAACAGCAGUCUCUGUCGCUGUGGGAAGGAGACUGUGCGCUCGUCACUCACUCUGCUCUUCACUAUGCACUACCCUGAGCAGAGCUCCAUCGAAAAGGUCCCUGAAUAUGAUUUUGCUGAAAUCCUGAAGAAGAGCAUCUGUCUGGAGCAGAGCACACAGGCCUGGUGUGAAAACUGUGAAAAAUAUCAGCCCACAGUACAAACAAGGAACAUCCGCUGUCUUCCUGACGUGUUGGUAAUAAACUGUGAGGUGAACAGUGUGAAAGAAGCAGAUUUCUGGAAAGCCCAAGCUGAGUACUCGUUCAACAAGGCACUGAAGAAAGAAGCCGCAGAGCCACCAAAGCCCAAAGAGCCUCUUCCGACAGAGUGGUGCUUAGAGGAUGAAGUCUACAGUGCAGAAGGUUUAUCCUUCGACACCCGAGCAGAGGACCUGAAGCAUGUGUGGAUUCCACAGAGUCUAAAGAUGUGCAUUAAUAAGACUCACGGUCUGGAGGUGUGCAGCUGGAACGGGACCGAAGAGUUAAAUCCAGAGGAAGAGUCAGAAGGAGCUGCUGUUUAUGACCUGGUGGUCACUGUGCCUCACAUUCUUGAUCCCCGUACAGGCGGAAACUUGGUGGCUCAUAUCAAAGUGGGAGAGACGUACCACCAGAGGAAAGAGGGCGUCACACAUCAGCAAUGGUAUCUGUUUAACGACUUCCUGAUCGAGCCCGUUGAUAAGACCGAAGCGGCUCAGUUUGAUUUAAACUGGAAGGUCCCAGCCAUCAUUUACUAUGCCAGGAGGAACUACCAUACAAAAUAUGACCUGCGGAUUAAAAACCCAAUCGAAGCCAACGUGCUGCUGACGGAAGCAUCGCUGGCCCGCAAACAGAGGAAGAGUCAUGCCACCUUCAUCCCUCUGAUGGUGAGUGAGAUGCCUCAGCCUGGAGACCUCGUGGGACUGGAUGCAGAGUUUGUCACGCUCAAUCAGGAAGAGGCGGAGCUACGAAGCGACGGCACCAAGUCCACCAUAAAGCCGAGCCAGAUGUCUGUGGCUCGUAUUACUUGUGUUAGGGGACAAGGGCCCAACGAAGGGGUUCCUUUUAUUGACGAUUAUAUUUCAACACAGGAGCAGGUGGUCGAUUACUUGACUCAGUAUUCGGGAAUCAAACCCGGUGACCUGGAUGCCAAGAUUUCUUCUAAGCACUUAACCACGCUUAAGUCUACUUACCUCAAACUCCGUUUCCUUAUUGACACCGGAGUGCGUUUUGUUGGUCACGGUCUACAGAAGGAUUUCCGAGUCAUAAACCUUUUGGUCCCGAAAGACCAAGUGAUUGAUACAGUCUACCUCUUCCACAUGCCCAGGAAAAGAAUGAUCUCUUUGCGUUUCCUUGCCUGGUAUUUCCUGGACUUAAACAUUCAGGGCGAGACCCAUGACAGUAUAGAGGAUGCACGCACCGCUCUGCAGCUGUACAGGAAGUACUUAGAGCUGAGCCGUGGGGGGCAGGAGGAGUUCCGGAAAGUACUGAAGGGUCUUUAUGAAAAAGGACGAAAGCAAGACUGGAAAGUGCCGGAGUCGGAUUGUGCAGACAACCAGGGAAGCCCCAAAGGUACUGCUAUGUUCCCCUCGGUGCUCGGCUUAUGAUCAGAGAGAAAACUGUAACAUUCCAGCCGAACGGACUUUCCUCCCUCUUCUACACUCAUCCAUCCAGGAGUCUUCAAUAUUGCUAUACUCAUUGUCUGUUUUGUGCAAACACUGGAAAAGCAAACACUGAUUUAUAGCAGAUAUUUUUGAGAAAAGUGAACAUGCAGCAGGAAAAAAGAAAAUGUUAAACCAAAAAAAAAAAUAAUAAUUUUUUUACCUUACAAGACGUGUUUGUAAGAUGUUUGUAUAACAAAUCUUCACACCCCUGUUACACUUGCAGAUUUUUAUGUUGUUAUAAAAAUGAAACAAACAAAAAAAAAUCAUGUCAGACCUUUUUCCAAAUUUUCUGUGAUCUAGCAACAACAAAAAAGUGAAGAACAAAUAGAAAUGUUUUAAACCAGGAUUAAUAACCUGGUGGCGUAGUGUGUUGACGUGUCCUGAUUCUUUGUUGACGUCUUUGCAAGUCUCGAUUUGACGAUUUUAUUCCACUCUUCCUGGUGUUUGUCAUUCUCUGAUUCCGCGGGAUUUGAAUAGAAUGCAGAUAUGAAACGCUGAUCGUCUUCUGAAGUUUCUUUUUUGAUUUGAACUUGACUUUGGGUCAUUGUUGUUCUGAAAUGUUUCUUCUGCUGUCUAACAGAAAACUGCAUUUUUUUUUUUUUUUUUAUUUACACACCAAUAGAUUGGUAUUUGGAGCUAUCCACGAAUCCAUUGAUCUCGAAUAGAUUCCCAGUCCCAGCUGCAUAGCCAGCAGUCGCCACCACCGUACUUCACCGUGGGUGACGUAAUCUUUGGGCGUGAAGGUCUUAAUUUUCCCCAAAAUGUUCUACAUCAGGCCAAAACACUAUUAUUAUUGAGUAAUUAAUUCAUUCAUUUUUGUUAAAAAGGUUUUCUGUCUAUCUGCCUUAUGAUCUAGCCCUUGUGAAGAAUACAGGAGAUUAUCAUCACAUGCCAGAAGUGACCAGUACUUAUCAGAUAUUCCUGAAGCUACUUUAACAUUUCUUCUUGUCCUUGUUCCAUGGUACAUCUCAUGAUUUGGAAAUUCUUUUGUACACCUCUCCUGGUUGAUACCUUUCAACCGUUAGAUCCUAUACAUGCUUCCAAAGGUUCUUUCAGACCAAGGCUUGAGUUGCUGGAACACGAUGUUAAGUUUGAAUGUGAUAUGUUUCAUUCUCACAGACGCAUCCCUCCGUUUUUGCUUUGCCAUGUGACGUUAAAGAUGGAAGAAGAUCUGAUAUGAUUUAUCUUGGUUGCAGUUUUUCAUCACAGAAACCUGCAAUUUUGACAGGGAUGUGCAGACUUUUUAUUUCUACUGUAGCUAACAAAUUCUGGAGGCAUGAAGCCACUGCUUUAGCAGACUGCAUAGGAAAUAUCUUCACAGUCCUUUGUCAAGCGGCUUUGACGUCUGUUUCAUUUCACUUUAUUCAUUCAAUUUUGAAAGACUUGCUCUAGACUCAUGAGUGAGUUUGUGAAACAUCUCGGCUAAUUGACUACAUUUGUGGUAAUCAUUAAAAGUUGUGGAAAUAAAUUUUCCCUUUUUUGAUGUUGCACACAGCCUGAGGAGUUAAACCUCUGAGCUAAUGCAUUGCACAGUUAAGAUUAUUUUAACCAGGAUAGAGGUUGUGAUGUGAAUGUAAUGCUCGUUUUACUAUUGAACGAUGACCUUUGUGUAGCAAUUGCAAUUUUAUCCAGAUUUUACACUCCAGUGAGCCAAACUUACUGAUAUUUUUAUCUGGAUUUAAGAACUCCACAAUUUACUGGUGUUAUUAAAAUCACUUUUUUUUUUUUAAAAGUGAUAAAGCAUCUCAAAAUAAGCAUGUAAAGAAAUGUUCAAAUUGUGUCACUAUUAAAUAAUACCCAUUGGAUUUGGAUGAGCUAUUCACAUCCAGUGUAGUUUGAAGAUAUUAGUGACACCUUUUGAGUUUGCUUUAAUUGUAGAUUUUGAGAAUUUUUUUUUUAUUAUUAUUAUUAUUAAAACUUUUUUUUGUGUUUUUGUUGGUUUUUGUUCUUUUUUUUUCUAUCGCUGUAGCGUCAUGGAUAUAUAUCAUUUGAAGUGUGUUACAAACCUCUGACUGCACAUAGUACUGGGGCAGGUUUGCCUCAGAUUUUAUUGCUUUGACCUUCCUGUAAAGUCAAACAUUGCACUUAUUAAAUCUUGGUGUUAGUACAGGAAGCCAAAGCAAACGUAUUGUUGUGUUUUUGUAUUUUCUAACAAUGUUGUACACUUUGAGGAGUGUAGCUGAAUAAACUUUUUUCACACUU